AUCGCACCGCGAUGGUCCCAGUGCCCUCAGUCCCCUCCCCUCCUCCGGCCCUCGAGCCCCAGUCCAUCCCAUCCACAUCCACCGAACCAACCUCUACCCCUGCCCCCGCCCCCGCUCCCGCACUCUCCAAAAACGCCCUCAAAAAAGCCCGCAAGGCCGAGCUCAUCGCCGAGCGCAAGCUCGAGCGCCGCGCGCGCGAACGCGAGAAGCGCAAGGAGAAGAAGCGCCAGCGCAGCGAGCGCAUCGCCGCGGGCGAGGAUGUCUCCGACGACGACCGGUCCAAGAAGCGCGCCAAACUGAGCGCGCCCAAGGCCCCCUUCGGUGCGCGCGUCGUCGUGGACCUCGGCUUCGACGACAAGAUGAGCGAGAAGGAGGUCGUCUCGCUGUGCUCGCAGCUGGCGUUCACUUAUAGCGCGAAUCGGCGCUCGCCGACGCCCAUCAAAUCGCUGCUCUUCACGUCCCUCGAUGGGCGGACGCGCGAGCGUCUCGACAGUUUGAACGACGCGGGCUACAGGCGGUGGGCAGGCACCGAGUGGUGGAGCGAAAGCUACGAGCGGCUAUGGCAGGAGAGCAAAGACACAACGCCCGAGGCGGCGACGGGCGCGGGAGAUAGCUCGGGGUCGGCAGACGAUGUGGACGCGAAAGAGGAAGUGCAGGGCGCAAAGGCUGUGGCUCCGCAAGAGAGCGUCGUAUACCUUACGGCCGACUCGCCUGAGGAGCUCGAGGAGCUCAAGGAAGGCGAGACAUACAUCAUCGGCGGCAUAUGCGAUCACAACCGGUACAAGAAGCUAUGCCUGAACAAAGCAAAAGCCUCGGGCGUCCGCGCGGCGCAGCUCCCCAUCGGGCGCUACCUUGCGCACCUGCCCACGCGCAAGGUGCUCACGGUCAACCAGGUGUUCGAGAUCCUCGUCAAGUGGGUCGAGACGCGGGACUGGGAGCAGGCGCUGUACGCCGUCAUCCCGAAGCGCAAGUUCCAGAACGGGGGCGCGCAGGAGGCGGCG